UGGAACCUGCUGCCCCUUGGGUUAAUAAAAAUGAUGACUAGUUGCAGAUAGUACUCAGCUGCAGGAGGCCUGCUGAUCACAUAUUCGAACCAAGAGCCAAUCAUUUUAAUUGUGAACCACCAAAUCCCGUUAAUAUGCAGCCUUUUUACCACAGGGCGAGAGAACAGCUCUUCUCUUCCAUCCACAGUCUCCUCCCCCCACCCCCCAGUAUCCCCCCCUUUCUCUGCUCUAGGUGCUGCCAGCCAGUUCACUUCUGCAGAACACCUCUUGUGGCUCUGAGGCUGGUUUCUUGCUGGGCUGCAUAUCCUAGCAUCCUCCAGGCUGGGAUGCUGUCCAGGAACGUUUGUACCUGCUACACAAUCACUCUCGAAAGGCGUCUCUGGGCCUGACUCUCCUCUCACACUAGUGCAAACCAGGAGUGAUCCCAUUCGAAUCAAUGGUGUUUCACUGAUGAAAGCCUGGUAUAAGUGGGAGGAGAAUCUGACCUUAUGUAUAAUUAAAUUAUUAUCAUCAUCAAUAAGCAGUACUCACCUAUACUUGCAGCUUUUUGCAGCACUCAGCAACUCCCGAUCUCGUUGUACAGAGAUGGAAAAAUAAGGGACGUCCCUUGUAAUACAGGACUGUUGGCAACCCUAGCUGCACCUGAGCUCUGACGAUGCCAGCAUUUGCAACUCAAGAGGAACUUGCUUCACCUGAACAAGAGAGGAAGCACAGGGAAGACGACUGUAACAGCUCUAAUACCCGCUGCCCCCAGAACCACCCGGAGGGACAGGAACAAGAGAGCACUGAAAGGUCCCACUCUUAGAUAACCAUAGACAAUUGGAUUGGGUGUGAUAGGCCCAUGUAAUGAAUCUCAGCCAAUCACUGGCUAGGACAUGGUAAAAAAAUUUAAAAAGGCAGCCAAUGGUGACUAAGUGGUAAAUAAUGUGGUCAGCCUUGGAAUGGUGUAAAAUUUCCAUUGGGCACAUGACCUCAUCUCAGCCAACUGGAGUGUGUUUGAGCAGGGAAUGCUGGUGACAGCACACCUCUCAUAAAUCUCUAUUUGAAGCAGGAUUUAAAUAGCAGCUGAGUCCGGCCCAUGUCCCAAUGGCUAUUUUAACUCCCAGGUAAUGCCCUCUGUGCAGGCUCUUCUCACAAUCAUCAACUCUGGGAAAACAACAGAUGAAGAAAAUAUAGAUCUGAAGAACCUUGAACAGUAAGAUCCAGAUUCUUUCCUGAAAUCAGCUCGCCUCCAGCGCCUGCCGUCAUCUUCAUCGGAGAUGGGCAGUCAGGAUGUCUCGCCGCUGCGGGAGACCAGCAAAGACCCAUUCUCUGCAGACUGCAGCUGCCGCCAGGAUGGGCUGACGGUGAUCAUCACAGCCUGCUUAACCUUUGCGAUGGGAGUCACGGUGGCCCUGAUCAUGCAGAUCUACUUUGGGGACCCACAGAUAUUCCACCAGGGUGCUGUGGUCACCGACGCUGCCCGCUGCACGGCGCUGGGCAUCGAGGUGCUCAACAAGCAGGGAUCCUCCGUGGACGCAGCCAUCGCCGCAGCUCUGUGCGCAGGAAUAAUCAACCCCCACACAUCCGGCAUUGGCGGCGGGGGAGUGAUGCUGGUCCACGACAUCCGGAAGAACGAGAGUCAGGUGAUUGACUUCCGAGAGACAGCCCCCUUUGGGAUCCAGGAGGAAGGCCUUCAGAAGGCCUGGGAGCUGAAGCCGGGUCUCCUGGUGGGGGUGCCAGGCAUGAUACAAGGGAUGCACAAGGCUCAUCAGUUACAUGGGAGACUCCCAUGGUCAGAACUGUUGGGCCUUACUGCAAAUAUUGCUCAGGAUGGAUUCAAUGUCACGCAUGACUUGGCCAGAGCUAUCGCUGAACUGAAGGAGCUGAACUACUCUGACAAAUUCAGAGAGACUUUCCUUCCAGACGGCCAGCCUUUGUUGCCUGGAAUGUUUGUGAGGCGACUUGAUCUAGCCACCAUUUUGGAUCUGGUUGGCUCAGAAGGGGUCUCGGCCUUCUAUGGUGGAAACCUGACCCAGGAGAUCAUUUCUGAGGUCCACAACUAUGGGGGAGUUCUGUUAGAAGAAGACUUCAGUAACUACAACGCCCUAGUGGAGAAUCCAGUCCACACGGUGUAUCAAGGACACCUUGUUCUCAGCCCUCCACCUCCACAUGCGGGUCCUGCACUGAUCACAGCUCUAAAUAUCCUGGAGGGCUUUAAUAUCACAAGCCAGGUAACCAGGGAAAAUACCCUCCAUUGGAUAGCAGAGACAUUAAAAAUAGCACUGGACCUAGCUAACAGCUUGGGAGACCCAGUCUGUGACGCAUCCGUCUACCAUAGUGUAGAAGACAUGGUCAGUAAAUCAAAGGCAGGUUUCCUGCGUCAGCUGAUUAAUGACUCCCAGUCCUUCCCUUCUGGUAUCAAUAUUCCACACUUCUCCAUGGAGAGUGGCCCCCCUGCUAGCCAGGUCCUUGUUAUGGGACCCGAUGACUACAUUGUUGCAGUUGUAAGUUCCCUCAAUCGUCCAUUUGGAAGUGGAAUAAUAACACCUUCUGGAAUCCUUCUAAACAGUCAGAUGUUGGACUUUUCCUGGCUGAAUAGUACAUUGAACUACUCCUCUCCUGGCCUGAGGAAUCUCAUUCAGCCUGGAAAAAGACCCCUUUCCUUUUUACUGCCCACUAUUGUUCGACCAUCAGAAGGGAUGUGUGGGACUUAUCUUUGUCUGGGAGCUAACAAUGGCGACAAAGCCUUGAGCAGCAUUACGCAGGUUUUAGUAAAUGUUUUAACACUUAACAAGAACCUGAGUGAGAGUCUGUCACUGGGUCGGCUGCACCCACAGCUUCAAUCCAACAUCCUGCAAGUUGACAGUGAAUUUCCUGAAGAAGAUAUUAAAUUUCUUGAAUCCAGGGGUCAUCAAGUAGAUAAAGUCGAUGUGCUUUCCCUGGUUCAUGGAGCCAGGAGAACCAACAACUUCAUCAUUGGUGUGAAAGACCCAAGAAGCAUGGAUGCUGCAGGAGCAACAAUAUUAUAGCAACCUCCAUUUGGUGCGUUCAUUGGAUAAAGCUUUAAACAACAACAACAAAAAUUAUGUGCAUGUUCUGAAAUGGCCCAGGGAGGAACGAGCAGUGUUUGCUGUGGGUUUCUGCAUUGUUGAAUAGACCUUCUGCAUUCCCCACCUCAAACAAUGCAACAGUGGCUGGGAAAGCCACAACACAGCCCUUUGAUUUUGUAAAAAAAUAAUUUGAGUUGUAAUAAUCUCAGUUGUUAUUAAAGGAAUGCAGGGAAUACACUUUUACUUUGACAAUGACCCAUUAGUGAUUUCAGUCAUUUUCAAAUUAAACAUUUUAAUUUAACCAACAGAAACAUUAGCAAAGAAGAUGACAAAGAGAACAAAAUAUUUUGUGCCAAACAAUUACUGCUGAGGCUGUAAUUUUCAACUCCCUCCUUUCCCUGGCUUGACACCCUUAUCUCACAUAAAUCAAUAUAUAAUAUAGAUUGAUGUACUGGCUCUAGGCAGUCAUACAUGGAACUUCAGGGAUUUCUUUAAUAUUCCCUGUGGGUCAGCUGAUUUUUACUAGCAUGGAUAUUCCUAUAUCAAUUCCCAUUCAUGCAUCACUACACAUCUUUAAUACCCUUAUGUCUCCUUCACCCUCAAUGUUUUGAAUUAAUUUACUGCAUAGACUCACUGGGGAUCUGGACUUGGAGUCAGACUACAUCUACACUGGCAAAAGUGGCACCCAGAAUUUACCACUAGUGCCCCCAAAAGAGGUCCACUGGGGGUGGUCACAGUGCAAGUUGUAAUGUAAAAAGAGUUCAUGUAGAGUCAGGGCUUUUUUAACACUGUCUCAGCUAACCCUGCUCUGAAAACGUGAGUCCCUUGCUUGAUUGAGCCCCAAAUUCAUGCCAACACUUCAAACCAGUGCUUAAGUUAUAACGUAAGUUAUAGAGAUAAGACAGGAAACAAAGCAAAAACUACUUACGUAAUAUUUUUUAGAGUCCCCAACAUCCAAGACAGGUUGAAGGAAGCAUUCAGCAUUUGACCUGUCAAUAAAAAUGAGGAAAUAAACAGCGUGAUCAUGAUCAUUGCACAGAUUGAUUCUGGUCACCUUUUGAGCACCUCCUUUUCUUUCCACCAGUCAGUUCUAGACAGUCACCCAGCACUUUAAGCUUUUUUAAAAUGAUUUUUGUCAUUGUUUUCACAGCCUAUCGUGUACUGGUUUCCUUCAUGAUGUUAAUAUAUCUAUGGCCACUGUACAUACUAUAUAUGUAUGUCUGCUUAUGGUUGUCUUGGUAUUUCAUAUGAUGCUUUUAUGAAAAGGAUUCCAGAUCUUGUCACCUCAGACAGACCAAUGAGCUGGAAUCUUGUGAAUACUGUUUUGUUCAUAUUAUAUCAGGGGUGGCCACACUGUGGCUCGCGAGCCACAUGCGGCUCUUUGACUGUUAUACUGCGGUUUGAGGAGCCUGCCCAUUCUCCACCUACCAGACUGGGGGAGGGGAGCUUGGGACCUCUGCCUUGCAGCGGGGUGGUGAGGUAUGGGUUUCUGCCCAGUGGGGAGGGGGCUUCAGCCCUGCAGAGCACACCUGCCAGGGCUCAGGGAUUCAGCAGGAGCAGGGCUGAAGCCCUGAGCCCUGGCAGGCGCCUCUCGCAGGGAUGAAGCCCUGGGUCCUGGCAGGCGCACCCUGUCUCUCAAACUUCUGAAGAUUGUCGUAUGUGGCUCAGAGGAUCAGUAAGUUUGGCCAUCCCUGUAUUAUACCUUUUUAUGGCUCAAAUGCGGUUUAAUGACGGGAGUAUGCAGUAUCUUCUUCAGGGGAUCAAUGAACUAACAGAUUAUCAAACUAAUAAUUCUUUGCACUUAUGUAGUUUCUGUUAGCCGAAUAUCUCAAAAUUUUACAAACAUGAACUAAUAAAGUCACACAACACCCUGUUGUGGUAGGAAAGACAUACCAGAGAGAUCCCUUUCAUGCACUACUGAAAUGCAGACACCUCUAAGGUAGAACAAGGUGGCUAUUAAGCAGACAUGAAUAAGCAAAAAUAUUUUCCAUCACAAAUCAUAGAAUCAUAGGGUUAGAAGGGACUGCAAGGGUCAUCUAGUCUAACCCCCUUAUCUAGUCUAAUUCCUAUGACUCAGUGUGGGUCAGUCAUCAGCCAAGAAGUUCUGCAGGAGAAAGGAGAAGUGCUGUAGUGAAAGCAGCAUGCCGCUUUCAUAACACUACGCAUGGUUUGGAGCAGACUUUGUAAGGCUUACUAGGGAAGGGAGGGAGGCAUUUUUGUGCCUUGAUCCUCAUGGGCUGAAAUCUGGGAUUUUUCUAGGACAGUGACAGCAAUGAUCUAUCCCCCAUAUAUGGAGGUUUACUGAACAUGAUUGUAAAACAAAUGUUCCAGGAAUUGUUCUUUAUAGUGCUCCAAAAGAGUGCACAUUACUUAACAGCUCAGUUGGAAAGAUAAAAGUCCUAUGUGCCAAUUGAAUUCUUCUUUUCACCAGUAUAGUUCUGACGCUGAGCCCUGAAGGUCCUUUUACAAGUAAAGACACUGGUUCUGAUCCAACAGAGCACUUAAGUGUCCCAAUGUGGAGUUUCAGUAGGAUUAUUCAAAUGCAGUAAAAUUAAAGCAUUUUCCUAAGUGCUCUGCUGGAUCAGGGCCUAUACUGCAAAGGUGAGAAAAUGAAAAGAAACAGGGAGAUGGUAUUAUACCCAAAGGCCACAUCUAACAGAAACAAAGGUCUUAUGAAUAGUUUUCUAUUCACUCUGGUUAAAAAGUGGUGUCAGGAUAGCAUAUAUUUGACAAAGAGUCACUGGUCAUUGAAGCUUGGUCAGAAAAUUUCUGCUAGGACCAGCAUCUCUAAUCUUGGUAGUCAAUCUAGUAUGGCAAGAUCCACUGAAUUUCAUUCUAGUUAAUUUCAGUUUAAUUAAUUGUACUAGAAAAUGCGUACUAUUUCCUCAUGUAGAAAUGAGACAAACAUUGUGAAAUUAAAGGGCCAUAUUCUAACCUUAGAGACAAAUUCUGCUUUUAGGAAUAUAUAUGUUAAUAUGCAGUAAUUCCAUUGACUUCAGUGGAGUUACUCUCAAUUUGCUACAACAUGAGAGCAGAAUUUGACCUGUUGUCUUUAUGCAGAAUUCAGCCUUGAUAUCACUGGGGAGCUCUCCGCAGAGAACAA